UGUAACAGAACUUGUUAUUGGCGGGAACCACCAUGGGAGCAUAUCCAUUCCCAUCAUUAUUAGUUUACUAAUGUCGUCGCCACGUAACAAACAUAAUUUGUAAGCUAACCAACCUCCUCCUCCUCCUCCUCCUAUAAAUCAUCUUCCUCUCCACACUCCACAAUUACACUUCCCCUAGCCAUUAAACCACUCCUCAUCUCAGAAAAAAACACAGCAAUGGAGAAAUCCCAAACUAGAGUUUGCGUCACCGGAGGCUCUGGCUUCAUCGGCUCCUCCCUCGUCAAGAAACUGCUGGAAAAGGGCUACACCGUCCACGCCACUCUCCGCAAUCUCGAGGACAAGGCGAAAGUGGGUCUCCUGACUUCCCUCCCCAACGCCGAAACGAAUUUGGUCCUGUUCGAAGCCGAUAUCUACAACCCAGAUCAGUUCCAAGCCGCCAUUAAUGGCUGCGAAUUCGUUUUCCACGUCGCUUACCCUCUCCAACACAACCAGAACAGCUACACGUACAAGGACAGGAUGGAAGCCAUGGCUGCAGGGUCGAAGAGCAUAGCGGAAAGCUGCAUCAAGUCUGGAACCGUGAGGCGGCUGAUCUACACCGCCUCAGUCAUGGCGGCGUCGCCCCUGUUUCAGGACGGGGUCGGUUACGGUGCCGCCAUUGAUGAGUCGUGUUGGACACCUCUCAACGUCUCUUUCAAAUACUGCGAUACUUUCACCUUGGAAUACACGAGGGGAAAGACAGUGGCGGAGAAAGAAGUGCUGAAGUACAACGACGCCGCCGCCGGCGGGAAGCUGGAAGUGGUGAGCCUGGUGACGGGACUGGUCGGAGGUGACACGAUUCUCUCGCACGUGCCGACGAGCGUGGAGGUCAUAAUCUCUCCGGCCACCGGGAAUUUGUUCGGCUACAACCACGGGCUGAUGCUGAUACAGGAAUUGUUGGGAUCGGUGCCGCUCGUCCACGUGGAAGACGCCUGUGAAGCGCUGGUCUUCUGCGUGGAGGGUGAGAAGACGACGGCGGCGUCGCUUAAGGGUAGGUUUCUGUGCGCAGCUGGCAGCCUGAGCGUCAGGGAAAUCGCCACGUGUAUCCGGGGCCGCCAUCUCGACUGCCACGUGGAUGCCACGUUGAUGGGAAAAGAUGGGAAAGGAAUCAGGCUGGACAAUUCGAAGCUCGUGGAGAUGGGGUUUAGGUACAAGUACGAUGCAAAGGGUGUUAUCGAGGAGAGCUUGGAGUGUGCCAAACGCCUUGGUGCUCUUCCUGACCUAGCUCGUUAGAGUCGUUAGAGCUUUUUCGACUAAUUUGGGAGGGAGUUCAAUUAUUUCGUAUGUCAGUCAGUUGUGUAUGAUCUUAGAAUUUCUUAAGAAAUUCUAAGAAUUAGAAAUGUCGUUUUGUAGUGAGUCGGAUUGAAGGAUGGUCGUUUCAGUGCAGGGGCGGAGCCAGGAAUCGACGAUCGGGGGGGCCGGAAAUCUUUUUGUACGUUAUCACAAAAUGACUAAAAUAAUAACAAGAAAAAUAUUUAAAAAAU